AUGGCUGCUUCAAGUGUGUGCUCAAUUUGUGGAGAAACAGAUUCUUGGCGCCAUUCCCUCAUUGAGUGCAACAUGAGCAGGUGCAUUUGGGCACUUGCGCCGGAGAGCCUUUGGGAGCAUAUGGAGCGGACGUCAGAGCCGGACGCAAAACAAUGGAUCUUCACGAUGAUUGAUUCAUUGCCACAUGAAGAGCUGACACGGUGCUUCGUAACCCUCUGGGCUAUCUGGUAUGCUAGGAGGAAGGUUCUUCAUGAGGAUCGCUAUCAGAGCCCACUGUCAACUCAUGCUUUCAUCGACAGUUUCCUCCAUGACUUAAAGAUCUCGACACCCAGUCGAGAAAUCACCAGGGGAGCGGGGGCUCCGGCGCCGACCAAGAGAUGGCUACCCCCACCGGUAGAUCAUGCCAAGAUCAAUGUUGACGCGGCCGUUGCAAAGCAGGUGUGUGCUGGAGCUAUCACCGCUGUCUGCCGUGACAUGGAUGGCCGGUUCCUGGGCGCUUCUGCCCAGGUCAUCGCUGGAAUCAACGAUCCUGGCACUUUGGAGACGCUAGCGUGUAGGGAAGCCCUCUCCCUUGCUGAAGAUCUACAGCUUGCUCACCUCCGUGUGGCUUCGGACUGCCUCGAGGUCAUCAUGGCUCUGAUGGGUGACAACCUGGGCCGGUUCGCCCUAGUUCUGCAGGAGAUCAAGAGAUGCUAUCCUCGUUUUGCUUCCGUUGAGUUUGUGCAUGAAGGCAGAGCAUCAAACAUGGAGGCGCACACGCUGGCGAGGGCAUCGACUUCUCGACAGGAAGGCCGAUAUAUUUGGCUAGUAGAAUCGCCUGAUCCCCAUUGUAUCCCCCAUUUGUUGGCUCAUUAA